AAGCCUAUUUUAUUAAAAUAUUUCAAGCAUCCUACAGAUUCUCCGAGAAAAAUGGGUGUCGGACCGUCUUACCUAAAGCUUUCAUUUCCAAAAGAAACGUGUGGAGACUUGGAAGUCUUUGUUUCAUCAGCUGGAAAGAAAGAGAAAUAUGUCACUUGUACUUGGAAAGACAACUACUCCUGUAGACCUUCUCUUGGCUCUUUCUUGACGAUUGAAGGGGAAUCUGCAUUAAUCAACUUACCAUAUAAAGUAGAAAAAGAUGAUCAAAAAAUCAUCACGUGUGAAUUCAUGAAUAAGACUACAGCAAGUGACAGCGGAUGUGAUUGCAAGAUUUUAGAAAUUACCAGACGCAUUGACACAGGGGGCGAAUUUGGAAAAACUUGUUUUGAGCAGCCAGGAGAGAAGGCGGCGUUUGGCUUCGCCAUUGCGUUCGUCUUCCUCCUCAUCGCUUGUAUUGUGGUCCUUUUCAUUAUCAGAAGGGAAUGCUGCAAAAAUACGCGACUCUACAAGCUAUUAAUCAAUGGAAACACAGGCCAAUCGCCAGCUAUUCAAAUGACAAUGAAUAGUGAAUAAAAGGAAGAAGAUCCAAAUGUCCAAAAGACCAGAGGCUUCAUUGCUGUGUCAAUAUCGUUUGUCAUUAUUUUACUCUCUGAAAUUGUCAAAAAUUUCUAAACAUUUGUUUUUCUGUUUUUUUAACAAAACUUUUAUUUCACAAAACAGUUCACAUCAUCGUAUCUGUUCAUUUGCAAAUAUAAGCGGCCAUUAACACAGAAAACAACCUUAUUUCAGGCACUCUAUAACCAAUGUACUCCCAUGAACAUUCACACCAAUAGGAGAGUUUCCAGACUAAAUGAGAACAAGGAUUACAUAAUUUCACUAGCAAUCAUGAAAUCAUUA